CCGACAAUAGGCAGUCUCGCCGGCGCUCGCGCGCUCGUGCUUCCAUCGCGCAUCGAACGCGCAAAAGUGAAAUUCGCGAGUAAUCGCGUUUCCGAUUACGAUCGGGACCCUGUGCGCCUUCCGUCUCUCUUUCACCCUCUUUCCCGUCCAGGAAAAGAGGAGUCCACUCGAGGGGAGAGGAAUAUACUGGACAUGUCAUCCACCGGUCAGCACGAUGACAUCGAGUCCUGUCCGGAAGCCGGGCAGGACAGUAGAAUGUCCAGAUUGUUGGCGAGGAUUCCGAGCUGUCCAGUGAAGAGUCCACAGCCCUUGAAGGAAUUCGUGGGUCGCUGCCAGACGAUGCCAUCACGGGUGAAAAAGUCCUUCUGCGGUUGCCUUCAGGAUGACGAGCCACCGGAAAUCACGUAUUGCGUUGUGGAGCACACGGGUACGCUCACGCUUCAAGCGAUGACGCCCACCCUGCCGAUGCCGGCCGAGGAGGAACUGAACAAGAUGUUCCUCGAAUUGGUCGACGAACUGGACCUGACCCAAACCAAUCGGCAGGCGGUCCUGGCACUUCCGGCGAACAAAAAGUGGCAGAUAUACUGCUCCAGGAAAGGCAACGGCACGCUGGAGAACGGCAGCCUCAGAACUACGGAUCUUAGCGGCGAUCCGGAGGAUUACAUCAACAGGUUGAGGACGAUAGCUAGCUGUCCUUUUCCCGAGGAGGGCGAACCAGAAGUGUCGAACCAGAUGCGGCAGACCGAAGCUCUGAAAACUGCUUUGAGGACGCAGCCGCACAGUUUCGUCCUCAGGUUCAUAGAACUCGAUGGAUUGAACGCUCUGUUGCAAGUUCUGGGGACGAUGGACGCCGAAGCAGCCAAUAGCAACCUUCACACGAGCGUGAUAGGUUGUUUGAAGGCGCUGAUGAACAAUUCGAAUGGAAGAGCUCACGUAUUGGCACAUCCGACCGCCAUCAACACGAUAUCCCAGUCGCUGGCGACUGAGAACAUCAAGACGAAGAUAUCCGUGCUGGAAAUCCUGGGCGCGGUGUGCCUGGUUCCAGGCGGUCAUCGAAAAGUUCUGGAAGCCAUGCUACAUUUCCAGCAGUAUCAUUCCGAACGAACGCGAUUCCAGAGUAUCAUAAACGACUUGGACAAAAAUUUCGGCAUUUACAAGGACAAUCUAUCGUUGAAAACGGCGAUCAUGUCGUUCAUCAACGCGGUGCUGAAUUACGGACCGGGUCAAGUGACUCUGGAGUUUAGGUUACACCUGAGAUACGAAUUACUGAUGCUUGGGAUCCAACCGAUCAUAGAAAAGCUGAGGAAAUACGAGAACGAAACGUUGGACAGGCAUCUGGAUUUCUUCGAGAUGGUGAGAAACGAAGACGAGAAAGAAUUGGCGAGAAAGUUCGAGAAGGAACACGUGGACACGAAGAGCGCUACGGCCAUGUUCGAUUUGUUGAGGAGGAAACUCAGUCACACUGCUGCCUAUCCGCACUUGUUAAGCCUGCUGGAACACUGCCUGUUAUUGCCCCUCGAUUAUGGUUCCCAUCCUCAACAUUGGCUGUUGUUCGACCGAAUCGUGCAGCAAAUCGUUCUCCAGUCGGAAGGAAACGACACGGGUGCCACGAGGAAUCCCGAUGUAGCGCCUAUCGAGAUCAACGUGAAGGAAAUUGUUCAUUUACUCGCAAAGGAAGAAGAACUCGUGGCGGCCAGGAAAAAGGCCGAGGAGUUGGAACGAGAAAACUCCGACAUGUCGACCAGAUUGGCCAAGAAGGAACAAGAGUUAGAUCUGAGAACGCAGGAGAAAGAAGACAUAGAGGCUAGUUUGGCAAGGGUCAAAGAACGCCUCGAGAAAGAGACGUCGAUGCACAUAGAGACGAAGCAAAGGAUCUCGGAAUUGCAAGACAACCUCGAAACGUUAUCUCGACAGAUAAACAACGAAAAAUCCGAGAGAAAGAGGCUGGAACAAUUGGUAGCUUCUGGCAGUUUACCCGACGAUGCGAAAGCGACGAUUAAAAUCGUCGAAGACGAGGUUCUCGAAAAAGUUGAGGCCAAGCCUAUGCCACCGCCGCCUCCACCACCGCCGUUAGCACCUCCGCCACCCCCUUGCUUGAUGCCCGCAGCUCCUCCUCCAAUGAAGAUGGAGAUAAUCAAGAAUGUUCCUCAACCUAGCAACCCCCUGAAGUCGUUCAACUGGUCCAAGAUUCCCGAGCAAAAGUUACAGGGCACCAUAUGGUCGGAGCUCGACGACACGAAGCUGUACAACGUGAUGGAUCUGGAGUCGAUCGAUAAGAUCUUUUGCGCUUACCAAAAGAACGGCGUCUCCGCGGAGGGUUCGAUCGAAGAUCUACGAACCCUGGGAAAGAACAAAAAGACCAUGUCGGUGAUCGACUCGAGAAGGGCUCAGAACUGCACGAUCUUGCUGUCGAAGCUGAAGAUGUCCGACAACGAGAUCACCAGAACGAUCCUCUCGAUGGACCAACAGAAUAUUCUGCACAUAGAUAUGGUGGAACAAUUGCUGAAGUAUAUCCCAUCGUCGGAGGAAGCUGCUCUGCUAGACAUGCAUCAGAAAGACCUGCAGAACAGGGCCGAUUGCUUCUUGUACCAAAUAUCCAAAGUGCCGCACUACGAGCAAAGACUGCGUUCUCUUCACUACAAAAAGAAAUUCGCUGCCAGCAUUGCGGAAUUGACGCCGAGAAUGCGCGCGGUUCUCGAAGCUAGUCGUCAGGUAGCCAGGUCCCGGCGGCUCAGAAAGCUCCUGGAAUUGGUCUUAGCUCUAGGGAAUUACGUAAAUCGCGGAAACGCUCGCGGGAACGCUUGCGGCUUCCGCUUGGCCUCUUUGAAUCGUCUAGUCGACACCAAGUCCUCGUGCUCCAAAGGCACAACUUUGCUGCAUUAUUUGGUGCAAAUCCUCGAGUCUAGGUUCAGAGAGGUGCUGGAUAUCGAAGAGGACAUGCCUCACGUUCGAACCGCGGCUAGGGUCAGCAUGGCCGACCUGCAGAAAGAGGUGGCCAACUUGAAGAACGGCCUUCAGGACGUUCAGAGAGAAAUAGAAUUCCAUCGUGGCCAGUCUCAAGUGCUUCAAGGGGACAUGUUCUUGCCGGCAAUGAGAGACUUUCAGGCACAGGCUACGUGCAGGUUGGCAGAGGCGGAGGAUCUGUUCCAGGACAUGAAGACUAGAUUCGACCGAGCAGUGAGACUAUUCGGCGAAGACUCUGCAGGCGUGCAGCCGGACGAGUUCUUCGGCAUCUUUGAGAAUUUCCUUCAAGCGUUGGCCGAGGCUAGGCAGGACGUGGAAAAUAUGAGGAAGAAGAUCGAGGGGGAAGAGAGGAGGGCAAAGCAGGAACAGGAACUCCGAAAGAGAACGAUGGAGAGAAAGAACUCUCGCGAGGGGAUACUGAACAGUAUCUCCCUGAGCAAAAAGAACGAAGCCAAUAGCAAUGGACAGAAUGACAAUAAGGGUGAAUUCGACGACCUGAUAUCGGCCCUCAGAACCGGGGACGUGUUCGGGGAAGAUAUCGCGAAAUUUAAAAGAUCGAAGCGCAGACCUGUCACACCGAGCGGUCAAGAGUCUCGUAGACAUAGCGCGCAUAGGGAAGAUUCCAGAGAGAGACACUGAGAGCUUUGCUGGAAUAAUUUACUAGUGACUUGCACGUCACCCGAAUCAUUUUACGAUUUAAACGAUAUGUGAUAGAUAGAGCGUUGGAAGAACAAGGAACAAAGAAUAUCGCGUUGGAGGAAGUUGCAAUUCCCUUGUAGGAUUAAAGGAGAGAAUGUGUAAAUAGAGUAAAGAGAAUGGAGACUACGGAGCUUGGUUUUUCGUAGAUUUCUUAAUCGAUUAUGUAGUAUUAUUUUCGUACGCGAUGCCUCUUUAAUUCAUCGUCUCUAAAGUCGUCUUCCUCGUUCUUCGCUGGCAAUUCACCCGGUGCAUUUUCUUCCGUGGAAAUUAUUCGACAUUGAGUUUCUCAGCAGAUCGUGUGCACCUCAUUUUCUACGCGAAAUAUCGCGUUUCGUUGUCUCUGCGCACGUCAGACGUUCGCAAAUAUUUUGCAUAGCGAACGAAAUUUUGUUCUACAAACGCUCGAUACGGUAUCAUUUUUC